AUGACAAUAAAACGCGUGUCCGCUGGUUCCCGCUUUGGAACCAGGAAUGACACCUGCCAGGUACCAAGGGAGCAUCUGGGUCCACUGGGGCGAAGGGAGCGACGCUGCGGGGUCAUGAAACGAAGGGUUCGCGACUUUAUAACGUGCGCACGGCCGUUUCAGUGGUUCUAUCUCACCCUCGUCCUUCUUUCGGCCACUGCAUUGGCGCAGCAGGAUACUUCGGAUAACAAUACCUGUGAUUGGUAUUGCUGGGUUGAAGAGCGGAUUGAUUCAUUGCAGGAUCAGAUUGACAAAAUCACAAAAUAUCUGUUUCCCGACGAAGGUAGCCCAGACCCCAAGCCUCCGGGCUCUUAUCAACCAAGUGAGCCUCCAAAGUCUGUUCCUAGCACCUUUGGAACGCCAUAUGUCAUCAGUGAGCCUUCGCAAUAUGCUCCCAGCAGUCUUGCUGUCAUCACAGUCUCUACAACCGCCCCUGGCUACCCAAGCAACACCAACAUAGCUGCUGAGCCCAAGCCCGAGAUAGAAUCACGUGAUGGAUACCGUUCGAUAGCCUACUUUGGCAACUGGGACAUCUACGCCCGCAAAUUCUUCCCGCAACAAAUCCCCGCCUCUCAGCUGACCCACCUCCUCUACUCCUUUGCCGACAACCGCGAGGACGGCACAGUCUUCCUCACAGACACCUAUGCGGACGCGGAAAUCCACUACGAUGGCGACUCGUGGUCCGACACUGGCAAGAAUGUCUAUGGUGCUAUCAAACAGCUCUCUUUGCUCAAGGCCCAGAACCGGAACAUGAAGGUCAUGUUGAGCAUUGGUGGCUGGACUUACACCAAUGAGAAGAAACACAUGGACGCGCCGGCCUCGACUGCUGAGGGGCGGACGAGGUUUGCUGCUAGUGCGGUGCAAUUGCUCAAGGAUUGUGGGUUCGAUGGUAUCGACGUGGAUUGGGAGUAUCCACAGGAUACGAAUCAAGGCCAGCAGCUGUUGGAGCUGUUGAGGGAGAUCAGGAGACAGCUAGAUGAAUACGCCAACACGCUCAUUUACGAUGAUGGAAAUGGUGGCGAAAUGAAGCCCACGUUCCUCCUAUCCAUUGCCGCACCGGCUGGAGAGAAGAACUACGGUAACAUGCCACUCGGAGACAUGGCAGAGACUUUGGAUUUCAUAAACCUAAUGGCAUACGACUACGCCGGCUCCUGGGACAAGACAACAGGUCACGCCUCGAACCUCUAUGCUUCCUCCUCGAACCCCUCCUCGACCCCCUUCAACACCGACUCGGUCAUAAAAGCGUACGUCGCAGCCUCUGUGCCCGCCUCGAAGCUCAACCUCGGCAUGCCCCUCUACGGCCGCUCCUUCACCUCCACCACCGGCCUUGGGAAAUCGUACAAUGGCAUCGGCGCGGGCACGUGGGAGAAGGGCGUGUACGACUUCAAGGAUAUGCCGCUGCAGGGUCAGACGGAGUAUUACGACGAGGAGGCGGGCGCGACGUAUAGCUUCAAUGCAGAGACGGGCAUGCUCGUGAGUUACGACACGGUGGACAUGGCACUGCGCAAGGCAGAGUAUGUGAAGAGGCUAGGAUUGGGAGGCGCCAUGUGGUGGGAAGUUAGUGGGGAUAAAGCGGGAGAGGAGAGUAUUAUUCGGAAUGUCGUUGCCAGUCUCGCCGACUCGCAAGGCUCAGGCAUCGAAUCCUCUUCGAAUUGGCUCCUCUACCCAGAUUCAAAAUAUGACAACAUCGCCAACAGCGGUUAUGCAACCAAGCGCCGCUAA